CCUGCGUCACGUGCCGGCCGGGUGGGCGUGGCGGGGUUGCCCCGUCCGGAAGCUUUUGCCGCUAGCCUUUCUUACCUGCCGCCGUGCUAGUUGUUCUUCUUCCCUCGCCGUCCGCCACUUUCUUCCCCUUCCUUCCUUACUCUGCUGGCGUCAGAGCGCACUGGAGCGCAACCUUCGCCAUGGCAGCCGCGGCGGCGACGACGACGACCAUGAACCCGGACCUGCGCAAAGAGCGCGAGGGGGCUUCCUUCAACACGGAGAAGCUCACCAACGUCUUGGACGGAGGUGCUGAGCGGACUCGGCGCCGCAAGGAGAUCGAAGCACUUGUGACAAACGACCCAGAAUUCAAGCACAGUGAUGUAAAUUUCCUCUCCCGCAGCCAGCGCUAUGAAGUUGCUAUCAGGAAGAGCGCUCUUAUGGUGAUGAAGCUAAGAGAAUAUGGAAUUGCAGAUCCUGAUGAGAUCUACUGGUUUAAAAGUGUGUGCAUGGGUGCAUCUGUUCUGCCUCUUGGUCUGCACUACAGCAUGUUUACACCCACCUUAGCGAACCAGUGCACUGUUGCCCAGCGAGAGAAAUGGCUGCCUCUGGCCUCGCGGUUCCAGAUAAUUGGCACCUACGCUCAGACGGAAAUGGGGCACGGAACUCAUCUCCGAGGACUGGAAACCACAGCUACAUAUGAUCCUGCUACCCAGGAAUUUAUCCUAAAUAGUCCAACUGUGACUUCUAUUAAAUGGUGGCCAGGUGGAUUGGGUAAAACAUCAAACCAUGCCAUCGUUUUGGCUCAGCUUUACACCCACGGCAAAUGUCAUGGCUUACAUGCUUUCAUUGUGCCGAUACGUCAGUUGGGGACUCAUGAGCCAUUGCCAGGUAUAACUGUUGGUGAUAUUGGGCCAAAAUUUGGUUAUGAUGAAAUGGAUAAUGGUUACUUAAAAAUGGACAACUUUCGCAUUCCUCGGGAAAACAUGCUUAUGAAACAUGCCAAGGUUGAACCAGAUGGCACUUACGUGAAACCUCUUAAUGCCAAGUUGACAUAUGGAACCAUGGUAUUCAUCCGAUCAAUUAUUGUUGGGGAUGCUGCUCGCUCUUUAGCCAGAGCUUGCACAAUUGCCAUUCGCUACAGCGCAGUGAGGCACCAGUCUGAACUGAAGCCAGGUGAGCCAGAGCCUCAGAUAUUGGAUUAUCAGACGCAGCAGUACAAACUGUUCCCUCUCCUGGCAACGGCAUAUGCCUUCCACUUCGUGGGCGCCUACAUGAAAGAUACCUAUCGGCGCAUCACUGGGAACAUCAAUGAUGGAGACCUGAGUGAGCUGCCAGAGCUGCAUGCAUUAUCUGCAGGGCUAAAGGCUUUCAGUUCCUGGAUUGCCAACGCAGGCAUUGAGGAAUGUCGAAUGGCGUGUGGUGGGCAUGGCUACUCCCGCUGUAGUGGCCUACCUGACAUUUAUGUCAAUUUCACCCCUUCCUGCACAUAUGAAGGAGAGAACACAGUAAUGAUGCUGCAGACGGCACGGUUCCUUGUCAAAAGCUAUACCCAAGUCAGUUCUGGACAGCUAGUGAGUGGCAUUAUGUCCUACCUGAAUGACCUACCAGGGCUACGCAUUCAGCCCCAGCAGGUGGCUGCUAGACCCACAGCAGUGCAUAUCAACAAUCCGUCUAGUUUGGUGGAGGCAUAUAAACUGAGAGCUUCUAGGCUGGUUGAAUUUGCUGCAAAGAAUUUGCAAGCUGAACUGAACCGUAGAAAGAACAAGGAGGAUGCUUGGAACCGGACUUCCGUUGAUCUAGUGCGAGCAUCCGAGGCCCACUGUCACUAUGUGGUGGUCAAGCUAUUUACAGCAAAGCUUUCAGAAAUUGGUGACCCAGCUGUUCGUGCUGUCCUUAACAACUUGUGUCUGCUGUAUGCACUCUGUGGGAUCAAUAAGCACAGUGGAGACUUUUUGCAGGGAGGCAUUUUGACAGAUGCACAGAUAAUUCAGGUGAACCAGCGCGUGAAGGAGCUCUUGGCAUUAAUCCGUCCCAAUGCAGUCGCUCUAGUGGAUUCGUUUGACUUCCAUGACAACGUUCUUGGAUCUGUGCUUGGCCGAUACGAUGGAAACGUCUAUGAAAACAUGUUUGAGUGGGCAAAGAAAUCGCCACUAAAUAAAACACAGGUCCAUGAAUCUUUUCACAAGCACCUGAAGCCAAUGCAAGCCAAACUGUGAUGGCAUUUGCUGCUCUUAAUGCACUAUUCUCCAGUUCCUGGAAUUGAUGUCAUUUGCCCUAUGAGCACUUGAAUCACGUGGCAAAUCCAAACAGUCAUAGGGUAGUUACUAAUUGUCGCUUUUCUUCCCAAUUUUUAAUAAAUUUUGAAAGGAUUAGUGUGGGGGGAACACAGGAUUAUAAAAGUGCAAUUGUAAUUAUGCUCAGAAACUAACCUUUUUAAUGAUUCAAAAAAAAAAGCUUUACAGAUUGCUGUGAAGUGUCAAUUUGUGAAGCAGUUUAAACUGCUGCAGAGGCCUGUAUCAU